CACAAUGACAUCUUACAGUAAAGCUGUAAGCACACUCACAUCCAAUUGCUAAAGCAUAUUUAAAUGUAAGCAAGUGGAAUAAAUACGUGGGAAGACCCAAUCCUAAUGAGAGAAUGGAAACAAAGGAUUACCUACAGCCUUCACACAGGAAUGACCAAAUUCAUCUCUCCUAAGGGUUACUUGGGCUAAGUCAGGAAACCUGCUUCCAGGCUAUCAGGCAUCUGUGGGAACCUGACCUCCUCCGAGUGACUCCCAAGACUCUGUAGAGGUUCUGGAUCUGUUUUGCCUUGCAGCCUCCUCUGCCUCAUACCUUCCCCCACUGCUGCAGAGGCACGAGGUUCCCUCCACAUGUCCUCCAGCAUACUGUCUGCCCAGCAGAGCGUGUUCAAUGGGCAGCUACCAACUAUGCAGAUAGCACAACUACUCUGAAGCAUACAGAGGUUAUGCAGAUGGUGCAAGCUGCUGCUGAGGGCAAAGGGAAAAGUGGGGAAGACUUUUUUCAGAAGAUUAUGGAAGAAACAAAUACACAGAUUGCUUGGCCAUCAAAGUUGAAGAUCGGAGCAAAAUCGAAAAAAGAUCCACAUAUUAAAGUCUCUGGAAAAAAGGAAAAUGUUAAAGAAGCUAAAGAGAAAAUCAUGUCUGUCCUGGACACAAAAAGCAAUCGGGUAACCUUGAAGAUGGAUGUUUCGCAUACAGAACAUUCUCAUGUGAUAGGUAAAGGUGGCAAUAAUAUUAAAAAGGUGAUGGAGGAAACAGGAUGCCAUAUCCAUUUUCCAGACUCAAAUAGGAAUAAUCAAGCGGAAAAAAGCAACCAAGUGUCUAUUGCAGGACAGCCAGCUGGAGUGGAGUCCGCAAGAGUUAGAAUUCGGGAGCUGCUUCCAUUGGUACUCAUGUUUGAAUUGCCUAUUGCUGGAAUUCUGCAACCAAUCCCAGAUCCUAAUUCUCCCACAAUUCAGCAUAUAUCUCAGACAUACAAUAUUUCAGUUUCCUUUAAACAACGGUCUCGAAUGUAUGGUGCUACAGUCAUUGUCAGAGGGUCACAAAAUAACACUAGUGCUGUGAAGGAAGGAACAGCCAUGCUUCUAGAACACCUAGCUGGGAGCUUGGCUUCUGCAAUCCCUGUGAGCACACAACUAGACAUUGCAGCACAGCAUCAUCUCUUUAUGAUGGGUCGAAAUGGAAGUAACAUCAAGCAUAUCAUGCAGAGGACUGGUGCUCAGAUCCACUUUCCUGACCCUAGUAACCCACAGAAGAAAUCCACUGUCUACCUCCAGGGCACAAUUGAGUCUGUCUGUCUUGCCAGACAGUAUCUCAUGGGUUGCCUUCCUCUUGUGCUCAUGUUUGAUAUGAAGGAAGAAAUUGAAGUAGAACCACAGUUUAUAACACAACUAAUGGAGCAGUUAGAUGUCUUCAUAAGCAUUAAGCCGAAGCCAAAGCAACCAAGCAAGUCUGUGAUUGUAAAAAGUGUUGAACGAAAUGCCUUAAAUAUGUAUGAGGCACGGAAAUGUCUCUUGGGACUUGAAAGUAGUGGAGUCACCAUACCAUCAAAUCCCUCUACUGUCUCAUGCCCUGUUGGUCUUUCCUGUCCUGGUUUGGAUAUCCUGUCCUCAGCAGGACUAGGACUCACUGGACUUGGCCUUUUAGGUCCAACAGCCCUGUCGGUCAACACCUCAACUACUCCAAACUCUCUGUUGAAUGCUCUGAAUAGCUCUGUGAGUCCCCUACAGAGUCCAAGUUCAGGCACACCUAGCCCCACAUUAUGGGCAACAUCUCUUGCUAACACGAAUGCCACAGGUUUCUCUGCUAUUCCACACCUAAUGAUACCAUCUACUGCCCAAGCAACUUUAACUAGUAUUUUGCUGUCUGGAGUACCUAGUUAUAGUCAGAACACUCCAUCUCCACCACCUGGCUUGACUCCUGUUGAAGUCCAUGUCAACGGCCUGCAAUCAGAAAGUAAAAAAGGGUCACCUUCUUUAAAUGGUCACGUGAAGACCUCAAAUAUCAAGUAUGCUGCACUGUCUGCCACAUCACUGGGAGAAAAUGUGUUGAGCACAAACCACAGUGAUUCGGCAAGACAAACAAGUACUCACGGUGCCUCAGAACAAGUAGCUGCCAAGUCAAAUAGUGCAGAAGGUUGCAAUGAUGCUUUUGUAGAAGUGGGCAUGCCAAGGAGUCCAUCACAUUCAGCAAAUACCAGUGACCUGAAGCAGAUGAUGAGCUCUUCCAAACAGGCGUGUACAAAGAGGCAAACAGUUGAAUUACUGCAAGGCACCAAAAACUCUCACUUACAUACUACAGAGAGGUUGCUCUCAGAUGCAGAGUUAAGUGCUUCUGAAAGUCCUAUGGCUGACAAAAAGGCUCCUGGAAGUGAGCGGGCAGCAGAGCGAGCAGCAGCUGCCCAGCAGAACUCCGAAAGAGCACGUCUAGCACAGCCAUCUUAUGUAAAUAUGCAGGCAUUUGACUAUGAACAGAAGAAGCUACUAGCGACCAAAGCUAUGCUAAAGAAGCCAGUUGUAACAGAAGUGAGAACUCCAACAAAUACAUGGAGUGGGUUGGGGUUCUCUAAAUCUAUGCCUGCAGAAACUAUCAAAGAACUGAGAAGAGCUAAUCAUGUAUCAUACAAGCCAUCUAUGACAACUACAUAUGAGGGUUCAUCAAUGUCUCUCUCACGGUCCAACAGUCGGGAGCACCUGGGAAAUGGCAGCGAAUCUGAUAACUGGAGAGAUCGUAAUGGGCUUGGACCCACAGCUCAUGAAUUUGUCUCCUCAAUUGGCAGCCCCAAGCGGAAACAAAAUAAAUCAGCUGAACACUAUCUCAGUAGCAGUAAUUACAUGGACUGCAUUUCCUCGCUGACAGGAAGCAAUGGCUGCAACCUGAACAGCCUCUUUAAGGGAUCUGACCUGCCUGAGCUGUUCAGCAAACUUGGUUUGGGCAAAUACACGGAUGUAUUUCAACAGCAAGAGAUUGAUCUGCAGACAUUCCUUACUCUUACUGAUCAAGAUUUGAAAGAGCUAGGAAUCACCACUUUCGGUGCCAGAAGAAAAAUGCUGCUUGCAAUCUCAGAACUGAAUAAAAACCGAAGAAAGCUGUUUGACCCAGCAAACAUACGUGCCUCAUUCCUCGAAGGUGGAGCGAGUGGAAGACUGCCACGUCAGUAUCAUUCGGACAUUGCUAGUGUCAGCGGUCGCUGGUAGCAGUAAGUUGUGGCUCAAAAAGUCAACUGUAAAGAUGGACAUGGCAAUCCUGUGGACAGCCUUCACUGCACACCACCCUCUGCACUUUGGAAGUUUGGGUAUCAAGGACCAAAGCAUUUUGUCUGCACAAUACUGUGCCAAAAAAGAGAAAACACAUUGUCUGUCUUUCAAAACACCAAAUGUGGGUUAUCUUUUACUCAUGUAGAUUGGACAGAUUUUGCAAUAAUAAUAAUAUAGGGUUCUUUGUUUAGUAUUUUAUUACCUAUAACUAUAAUGUAUGCACUGAAUUUUUACUUUGAAUGAAGGAAGAAUGAAGAGCUGGGAUGCCAGAGAGCAUAGAUUUUGGUUUUAUCAAGAUGGAUUUUUCUGGUACUGCUUAAAAUAAUUAUUGAGGUCUUUCUGCACUUUACAUGUUCUGAUUUCUUGUCCUGUGGAAAUUUAUUUCUUUCAUUUCCAUAUUGAUUUUUAUAUUGGCACUAAUCAAAUUUUUUUCAGAUGUUCCUGCAUUGUCACUUCUCACUCUAAUGGUACUAGGAACUGGUUCUUAUGCAGAUUUUCCUUCUCUCUGUCUCCCCAGUAGCUACCUGAAGAGAUUGUUCCGAAAUCCAGCCGUACGGUAGUGGACCAGUCCUAUUAUGCUCUCAUGAAGCAGUCUAGUACUGCUUGCAGUGAAAUUUGCUAACUGUAACAGAUGCAAUGAAAGACCAAAAUGGACCUUGCAAUAUUAACCCUUUGCGGUCAUCAUAUUUAACUGCUGCCUGUUAUGCUAAAACUGUUUUUAAUGGUUGUCUCAAAGCAAAGGGCUAUUUUUAGUAUCCUGCCACUAAAGGACACUUAUUUAUAUCAGACUUUUAUUUUUAGAUCCUAUACACCUAUGAUAUGUAACAUUAAACUGAUCUACUGCAGAUUUAUGGUAGAGAAUGAAAGGCAUUCAUCAAACUAGAGCUCUGGGCUGUCAGUUUGAUUAAAUACAACUAAUCUAAUUUGACAAGACGGCACUGUUGCCAUUUAAUAAAUGACGCAUAUUACUUACAUGACUAUGCAUGCAGCAAAUAAGUGACCAACAUGAAAUAGGUGUAAUAGCAUCUGUUUUGUUCAAUUUAGAUUUGUAAUGGUCAGCUGCAGAAGUGUUUAAAACUCUGGAGAUGAACUAUUUCUGAAACAAGUUAUGUUCAGCAGAGUCAAUAUUAUAAGUGGCUAGAGCUAACUAUUGCAUUCUUAUACUGUGAAAGUCCGAAUAAUUUGGCAAUAUUAUUCCUCUGUCUUUACAAAUGUCUUGUUAUGGGUUUAUGAAGGGUUCUCAUAUAAUGAAGGAAUUCAUAAAGUGCCUCUUUCUGCAAUGCAAUAUAAAAUUUCCAAGCAUUAAUUUGUUGAAAAGCUUUCCCAUUAGAAAUGUUGUGAAUUACCUCUACUGUAAUGUAUUAUUUAUGUUCAGAGUACAAGCCUUUUGAGAUGGACAUAAACCACUGUCAAGUGCUCUUAACAGAAGGCAUUAGAGUAACAUUUACAGUAGUUGGUUUUUAUGCAAAAAUGGGUGUGAAAUAGUUUUGACACUUUCCAUGGAUAAUUCUUUUAAGGUGAGAAAACCAAAAUGAUGUCUAGACAGAUUUGCACACACAAAGGGAAUUUAAAGAAGUUAUUACUUGAGGGCAUAGAUGAUCAAGCAAUGAUAUAAAGCCUAUUGCGGCUAGCAAAAAAAAAAAAAACUGCUCAGUACUCAUUUCAGCCAUAUCUACUUAAUGGUGUAUAGCUGGGUGACUUCCACUGUAGAUCAAGUAGCAGUUAGCUUCCUCCGGGUUUAAAAUUGUACUUCAGAUUAGAAUGGGUAGAACUGCAUCUUGCAUGCACACAGUUGUUCACAUCAAAGUUGCUGUGCUCAAAUGCCAUAGGUAAAUAUCCACUUAUUUGUGAGGUAUCUGCGUGUGUGUUUGUUACACAGGAAAGAGCAACUUCAUGCAAACCCUUGUGGAAGCCACGAUUUCUAAUUCUAAAACUAUUUACACUUAUGCUUGCUUCUAAGCACAUAGAUAGCUCCAUUGACGUGGACUGACUUAUGUGCUUACAAAUGAGCUUUCAUUUAAAUGUUUGCAUUUUCAAGACCAUUGUUUGAAAAUCAAGUUGUUUUCAGUCAUGUUGAUUUUAUAAGACCUUUUAUUGAAAUACUCAACAACACUUUGUACAGAACUUUCUGCAACCCCUUCUUGCUUGUUUUGCCUGAACUUAAAAGUAUCAAAAAACUCUUUACACUCUUAAAUUUUUAGUCUUUCAUAAGUGCAUACUAUGUAUCUAGACAGUACUAUAUUUGGAAACUGAACUUAUUACAGUAUUAAGUUGAUGUGGUCUUUUGCUGAGCAGUGCUUAUUAUCAUCUACACCAAAGUGAAGAAUUUCCCAUUAACAACAUUAUUUUCAAUAGGGCUUCACACAAAAAAAGAACACACUGGAAAAAAAAUUUCUCACUUAUUUUGAUUCCACAAAGGGAAUAUGACAGUACAGCAUACCGUAUUGUUAGUGUUGUAUUAUGCACAAAUAUGAGUUGCUACAUAAAAAUGUUAGUUUUAAAUCUGUGCCUUAAUAGUGACCAGUUAUCUGUAAAUAUAGAGCAGAUACAGAUUGUAUUUUUGUGGGUUGUGUCCUUUUAGUGAUUUUUAAAUAAAAAAUGAAAUUAAAACAUUAAAAAUGGGAAUUUUCAAAACUAAUCAAUGCUCCGUAAAAUAAAUUUAUAUAACUCCCUUGUAUUCUGAUUGGUUAAUGAAGUAUUUUUAUUUAGACCCAAUUCCAGGGAUGCUUGCUUGUUAAUAAAAUAUCAAAAGCA